AUGAAAUCGUUUGAAAAUGGAUUAAGACAUUUUUUUAUUAUUAUUAUUUCGCAGAAAGAAACUCCAUCUGAUGCUCAAUUACAUUACGCUGCUUUCAAUGGAAAAAUCAGCCUUUUGAGAAAAGUUUUAGACAGUGGAAAAGUUCACGUCGAUUGUAAGGAUAAGGACGGUACGACUCCUUUAAUUUUAUCUGCUGCCAAUGGUCACGCCGAUUGCGUUUUGGAAUUGUUGGAACAAGGAGCGGAUCCGAGUAAAAAACGUUUGACCGGUACCACGGCUUUGUUCUUCGCUGCUCAAGCCGGUUACUUAGAUAUUGUUAACAUAUUGCUCGACAAUGGGGCUCCGGUCGAUUCUUGCAGCAUUGACGGCGGAACUCCGCUUUUUGUCGCUUGUCAAUGCGGCCACAAAGGUGUUGCAAAAGAACUCGUUAAGAGAGGAGCCAACGUAAACAUACACAUGAAGGAUAGAGCUACGCCCCUGUUCAUAGCAGCUCAAAAUGGACAUUACCAAAUAUUAUUGUUUCUUCUCUCGCAAGGUGCGGAACCAGAUCCGAGAAGAACGGAUGGUGCGACCCCGCUGUGGAUCGCGUCGCAAAUGGGUCAUCAUCAAAUAGUGAAAGAAUUGCUUCUUCACGGAGUUCGAGUCGAUGCGACGCGACACGAUGGAGCGACUCCUCUUUUCAAAGCGGCUCACAAGGGUCACUCAUUAGUCAUAAGCGAACUUCUCAAGUACAAACCAUCAUUAGAUUUAUUACCAAACGGAGAAAGUGCUCUUCACGCAGCAGCACUUUUCGGUCACGUUGUCGUCGUGAGACAAUUAAUAGAAGCCGGAGCCGAUGCAACGUUGUGCAAUCAAGAAGGCAUGACGCCUUUGCAAGUAGCAAUACAAGCCAAAAAAACAAACGUUAUCGAAUAUUUAAAAACAAUCAACGUUAAAGUCAAAGCCGGAAUGGGAACGAUAAACGGUAUCGUAAACGGAGUUCCAAUAAUACCAAUCGGAAACGGAGGAAUCAAAUCAAAAUGA